CUAUUAGAGGGCACUACACGUAUUAUUUCCGAGUUUAUUUAGAAUUUUAACAUUCUUCUUUAGUUUUUUUGAAUAUUUUGAAAAAAUGAAUGAUUGGUUGCAUUGUAAUAAGUGUUUCGUAAGGUUCCAACCUGAUAAACCAGACAUAAAGUUCUACUUGGUCGAAUGCGCUCAUGUAUUUUGUGAAAAUUGCGUAAAACAAGUUCAUACUACAAAAUGUUUGAUUUGCGGAAAAUCCGAUAUGUUCAUACCAAUCAACAAAGACAUGAAUACGUCUGCUCAACCAUUUUUUCUACCAAUCGAAACCCAUUUGAAAAAAGUAAUAGAGGUGUACAAUUUUCAAACUAUGCAUAGACAAAGACUGUGCCACAGUCAGACUCAAAAAUACCAAUAUCUUAAGAGAGCAGCGUUUAAUUAUGAGCAAAAAAUGAAGGCUCUUAUUAGCGAUAAUAAGAUGAUGAGGAGUAUUUUACUGAAUAACACCCGGCAAAAUUAUCCAACUCCUGGAGGCCCUAACGAUGAUAAUAUGUCUGUAGUUUCGUCAAUACAGUCCUUUACGCCCAAUAUAAAAUCCACACCCAUCAUUCCUGGAUACGCUCAUAGAAUACCGCAACACGACGGGAAUAUUAGGGGAGUUCCUAUUCCGUACAACCAACCGCAUUUACACGGCGCCACCGGAUAUUACAGACCGUCGCCGAACGUGAUGGGACAUCAGAAUCGGAAACUCAACAUGCCGUCAGUACACAAACCGCCCAGUACAGCGAGUUCGAUGAGCCAACUUCACGGCAAGAGGACUUGAGACGGACAAAUCGAUUAAUAUAAGUAUAAUUUGUUCAAAUAAUUCUUCUAUUAGUUUUUAGAAAUUGUACUGUUUAACUUAAAUUACUAUUACUGUUAAAUUUAAUUGACUUUGGUAAUUUAAAAGUUGAUUCUUACUAGUAUCGAUACUAUUCCUCUUAUUAUACAGGGUUCCUACUAUUAGAAAGAGUAUUGCUAUUUUGUAAACGGUAAGAGAUAGAAAGUUGGUUGAAUUAGACAAACGUUGCACAUUUUGUACUCAUUAAAAUGGUGCCAAGAUACUUUUGACAUCUCUACAGGGAUAUACAAAACAUCGAACAAAAAAUGAAUGAAUUUAAAGAAUUGUCAAUUUUUUUAUUUUUGUCCGAUAUUUUAAAUCUCCCUGUAAAUACAAAAGGUUUCUUAGCACCAUUUUAAUGAGUACAAAAUGCGCAACGUUUGUCUCAUUUAACCAACUUUUUAACUGUUACCGUUUAAAAAAUA